AUGAAGAUUACAAGUACCGUCACCGCUAUCGCUAUUGUGUACAUGAUGUCCUUCGUCACAGCCAACCAUCUAAAUGUUUCGGACGUUAUGAUGAUGUCCGAUAACGCGAUGAUGUCCAACAAAGCAAUGAUGACCGAUAUAGCGAUGACGUCCGAUAACGCGCUGACUUCCGAUACAAAUUCCAGUCAAGCCAUGGUCUCUGCAGACCAAACCAUAUCCACUAUGCCUACUAUGCGCGGAAAAAGCACUGCCUUACCAGUGACCGUUGGUGUUGUCAGCAAUAAGGUGGACGCAAAUGGUAACAAUAUUCUCAUCACCAAGAGCAACAUCCUCAUCUCGAAGAGCGAUCGAGUGAAGCUUGCGCACACCAUCAAAGAGAUGCUGUCGAGCAGCCCGGAGGCGAGUACAGCCAGCUCCAUGAGUAUCGACGAUCUCUUCGUACUCUUGACAAACAUUGCGACGAACUCGGCCAUGCUCUCCCAUGCCGCGGGUGUCAUUUCGGCUGCAAGGAGUGGUGACACGGGUGCUUUGUCCGGUCACAUUGUAGGCUUGUUGGGUGCAGCAGUGCCUGCAGCUAUUAUGUCUCCUUCUACAUUUGGCACUCCUGCUCCAGCUGUAGCUCCUGUUGCCACCUCAGGGACAGCAGAUGUCGCUGUCCCCGCUGCAGCUCCUAUCUCGCCGAUGACGCCACAUGAAGCUCCCGCUAUGUCGGCCUAA